UUUCGUUGCUCUUAAGUGAUAAAUUGAAAGUCAGUGAUAAAAUUUGUUUCCAUCAAUCUAUUCAGUCGUGAAAACAGUUGUGGAAUUUUUAUUUAAAAAAUGAAGAGAGGUCUUGGCUUAGCCGUUACUAGACGUUCAAGACUUUCAUUUUCAAAAAAGGGGGAGGAAGCUUCAACUCCAGUUUCAUACAUCCGAAUAAAAUUUAUUCCAUAUGGUGGAGCAUCCGAAGGAACUGACAAUACGUCGCAGUCAUCUGGUGAUGGAAAACAAUCGUCGAAUCCUCAAAAAAUAACAUCACCUACAAAAUUGCCAAUAGUAAAUCCAGAAUUUGAAAUAUUAAUAAAUAUAAAUAGUCCAAUACGUUUAUUAAUGGAAUACGUACGUGAUACUGUUCGAAUCCCAAAAACAAUGGAUUUUGAUUUGUUUGAUGAAAUGGGAAAUUUGAAAUAUACAUUUAUAAGAAAUCCACAAAUAAUGGCCUCCACCAUAUUAACACCAAAAGCUGUUUAUUUUAUUGUAUUACUUCCAAAAAGUGAUCUAGGAACGUUUUUAAAGCCACAACUUUUAAUACAUCGUGGUGCUCGUAUCAACGCAGAUUAUAUAACACGUAUUCGGCGUCAAAUGAACGCAAUCACCCGAAAACGAUCUGGAAGAAUAACGAGAAAAAAAUCCCAAUCAUCAGUCCGAAGUUUCAAGUCCGGAGUUUCUUUUUAGAAUGCUUUCAAAAAGCGCUCUUAUGAGUUC